AUGCCCACAAAAACAAGAAAAAAGGAUAAUAAGAGUUAUAGACAAAUUGACUUAUGUGUACAUAUUUCUAGAUGCAUAGUUCUGCUAGACUUCUCCGGCUCAAUCAUGAAGGUGAACAACUCUCAUUUUCUGAUUGGAGCGUUAUACACCAUUGGGCAAUUAUUCAACUGCUCAAGCAGGUUAAACAGCAAAAAGAGCUUAAGGCAGUGUCAGCUGUUCAAGAACCUUGAGGCUAGGGGCAAAGUCAUAGACGCCGCUACCACACUUGGAAGAACAACUGGUCUGGUGCUAGUUGACUGUUCUGCAACUUAUGACACUGUUACUCUGCUGAAAGAUGCUGUGGAUCAUGGAUGUUGUAUUGUGUUGGCAAACAAGAAACCUCUUACUGGUGCUUAUGAGGAUUUUCAGAAGUUGGUCUCCAACUUCCGUCGCAUAAGAUUUGAAUCUACUGUUGGAGCAGGUUUGCCUGUGAUAUCUUCUGUAACCCGUAUUAUUGCAUCUGGAGAUCCUAUUUAUCGUAUUGUUGGCAGUUUGAGUGAUCCACGUGAUGAUCUUGGUGGAAUGGAUGUGGCUAGAAAGGCGUUGAUCCUGGCUAGGCUUCUGGGGCAACAGAUAAGCAUGGAGAAUAUCAAUAUCGGCGUGGUCGAGGAUCGUGUCACCGGCGGCUGA